GAACGUUAGUUUGGAAUUUCUGCGAAUAAGUGACAGUGGGGUGUAAGCGGAAGUAAAAUAAUCUUUGAUUUCAUGCUAUAAAUUAUUAGAUUUAUCAGUAACAUUUAUGAAACACUUCAGAUAGUUGCUAUGCCCUAAUCUAACGCGUUUUGACGUUGAGGUGGAGUUAUGUUGAACGAUACAUUUACCGAAAAAAGUGGAGCAAAGAGCGUAAUGAAAGUGGGAUUUUCACUGAGUUUCAUUGAUUAGUCCUUAUGACUCCCACCCCCUUGUUCAAAUCGACAGUCAGUUUCUGACUAAGGCCGUUUCUGUACCCUUCAGCACUAUUGUUCUGAAGAUGUUGCAAAACACGGGGAAACUAGCAGGGCGUACUCUCUUCAUCACAGGUGCCAGUCGCGGCAUUGGCAAAGCGAUUGCCUUGAAGGCAGCCAAGGAUGGCGCGAAUGUUGUGAUUGCUGCAAAAACCGCACAAGCCCACCCCAAAUUGCCUGGCACAAUAUACACUGCGGCAGAGGAGAUUGAAGCUGCUGGAGGCAAUGCUUUACCCUGUGUUGUCGACGUGCGAAAUGAGGAGCAAAUCAGCGAGGCAGUGGAGAAUGCAGUAAAGACCUUUGGAGGUAUAGAUAUACUGAUAAAUAAUGCAAGUGCCAUUAAUCUAACUGGGACCCUGGAAACGCCAAUGAAGAAAGUGGACCUCAUGAUGAGUAUCAACUCCAGAGGAACUUACCUAACGUCAAAAUUGUGUAUUCCUUAUUUGAAAAAGAGUCAGAAUGGCCACAUUCUGAACCUGAGUCCUCCUCUCAACAUGAAUCCAGUCUGGUUCAAGAACCACUGUGCCUAUACCAUGGCUAAAUAUGGGAUGUCAAUGUGUGUCCUGGGAAUGGCUGAGGAAUUCAAAGGUGAAAUUGCAGUUAAUGCUUUAUGGCCAAAAACUGCAAUACAUACAGCUGCCAUGGAUAUGCUUGGAGGAUCGGGUGUGAGCAGUCAGUGCAGGAAGCCUGAAAUCAUGGCUGAUGCUGCCUAUGCCAUUUUCUUGAAGCCAAAGACAUUUACUGGCAACUUUGUCAUCGAUGAAGAGCUCCUUAAAGAGGAAGGAAUCAGGGACUUUGAUAUCUAUGCAGUUGAUCCAGGGCACCCUCUACUUCCAGAUUUCUUUUUAGAUGAGGAACCAGAGGCACUUGCCAAAAAGAUGCAGGAUCACGGAGCUAGUCUCAAGUUUCAAGUGGAAAAGGAACAGGUUUCUUUGGCAACGAAAGGGCCUGUUGCUGAGAUGUUCAAGGCUAUUGAGGGAACCAUCACUGCUGACAUGGUGAAAUCAACGGGAGGCAUCUAUCAGUUUGAAUUGACUGGUGAGCACCCAGGAACCUGGUACAUUGAUCUGAAGAAUGGAAGUGGCAGCAUUGGACAUGGAAGUUUCCCAGGGAAGGCCGAUGUGCUGAUGAGCAUGAGUAGUGAGGACUUUGUGAAAAUGUUUGCAGGUAAGAUGAAACCUACCAUGGCGUUCAUGUCUGGCAAGUUGAAGGUUAAAGGAGACAUGUCACUUGCCAUCAAACUGGAGAGCCUGAUGACCCAUCUCAAAGCCAAACUCUAACCAGCAGGGCAAUCAGUUUGUUGCAUUCACAAUGCUGAAUGAUUGAUUUUUAUAUUUUCCUGCAUAAACAUCAUAAUUUACAAUUUGAUUCCUGCGUAUUUCAUUUAGUUUUGCCAAAUAAUGGGCACCAAGAUUUCUGCCCAAAGCAUGUAACUUUACAGUAAUGUGGGUAGAAUUUGGAAAUUUGAAAUAAAUUGUUUAGCAUUACUCGCAAAACAAUCCUGAUUGAGAGUUCUCCUUAGCUGUGCAUCAUUCACAGUCAUGUCCGAUUUAAUGCAGAAUGCUGAAGGACUGUUGGGAGAUUAUAAUGGGUGAUUAUGGUUGUAUGUGGUGGGUGCCUGUUUUUGUUAAAAUUGUGUUUGUUAGAUCAGCCAACACGUCCGCGUUUAUUGCUAUUUUGGGGCCUACAACAUAACAGUAUUUUAACAAACACAAUUUCAUUUUAUGAAUUGUCACAAGUUGUCAUGAAGUUAACAUACAUAUUGAUAAAACAUUAAAUUUAAUAUCACACAAGAA